GUUAGUAGUUCAUCUAGCUCUACUACAUCUACUUCUACGUCUUCUGCAGCCGAAACCUUCGCUACAGGAGCUUUCGCGGGUAUCUUGAGUUCAUUUUUCGGUGCGCCCUUUGACAUAGCAAAAACACGGAUACAAGCGACAACAGCUGCCUGUUUCAAUCCAGAGGUAUUACAGCAGGCCUCUACCCAUGUCCACACGGAAUCAUCAUCUUCAUCUUCCUCUUCUUCAUCUUCUUCGUCAUCCUCUAGAGGAGCCAAAACCAGGAGCAUGAAGGAAGGCACGCAGAGACUUGGAGCUACUUUGGCGCGCCUACGGAAUAAAGUGCUUCCUUUGUCCGGAAGCAGUAACAAGUCCGCUUCCUCUAGUUCAUCCUUCCUGGUAGAGGACUGCAUCGAAAAACGGAGUUCUUGUGCAUUAGGUGGCCACACAAGAAAUUUCCGCGGUUCUCAUUACACCCCAACUUGGAAAGGAUGCUACACUGGGUCGACAAGGCUAUUGCCUGUACUCUCCUCGUGGUCAACUUUUUUCACUGGUGUGUUGCGUGGACCAAAUCGUGGCGCCUGCUCCUCCUCCGCUGUUCUUGCAACCGACCCGGUCUCCUGUGCUCUCGCACCCUACGACCAUGGCGCUGCUCCUCUCCGGAACUACAGCUUUGUUUGUAGUAACCUUCAACAAAGGCGCCGAGCUUUCACUUACACCUACUACACCACAACGAUAGAAGACCUGUGGUGCAAGGAACGGCGACAGCAUGGACGUAAGUCGAAGAGUAAUGGAGCUGGCUCAGUCAUAGUUCAUCCAACCACCACCACCUACACAGUAACAUCUUUCAGAGGUUCCGAUUGUCAUUGCCCAUCGAGUAUGGGCGAAUUUUCCUGGCACGACCCGGCAGAUUUAGAUGCCGCAAUGCGUCGUUACCCCCAUAAACGACUCUACAACUACCCCACAUCUUCACACGAAAGUAGUAGCAGACCAGUGCCUUCCUCUACGUCCCCUUCACCAAACAUAGCGAAUUACAUGUUGAAGAACAGUCAAUCGUCGAGCUCGAGUAACAAGAGUUGUACAACUAGUACUAGCAGCAGGAAUUUGCCGCUCGGAAGUGUUGGGGGAGUAGCUGACAGCACAUGCAAGAACAUGAAUCCCUCAGGAGCGAAUACUUCUACAGUUAUGCUCCCAGCGAAACCCCACGAAGUCACUCCCACUUCUAAGGCAAGCGCAUCACAUCCGAACAGCACAGUCGCAGAACAAAGAGCAACUGUUGCUAAAAACUACAAGCCCCAACACUCUUCAUGUCAUACACAAGCAGUUCCUACUAGUUGUAAACCCUCGUCUAGUUCGACCAGCACAAGUUCUACUCCAUCAACAGCCUCGAAGACAUUCUUCCCCGGAGCAAGCGCAUCUUCGCCAAACUACAGCGCAAGCUACAGCGGGCACAGCUCUGCAAAUGCGAGUCAUCAGCAACAACAGCAUGCAUCCUACCGGUCUAUGCGCAAUCGCUUUAGUCCAUCGGCUGUAGCCGUGAUACUUGACAUCGCAAGGAACGAGGGCGUUUCUCAACUGUGGAGAGGUUUUGUGCCACGCAUAGCGCGGUCAGGUCCGGGUGCAGGGAUAUCGCUCUUUGUCUACAACUUCAUGCUCGAUGGACUUGCAUCUGCAAGAAUGGGACUGAACUUCUGCGAGAUGUGACGAGAUGUGAAGAUGAUGACUGUGGCAUUUUUUCGCAAAUCUUAUACACUUAAAUCUCAUGAUGUAAUCACAGUGAUUGUCAUAAUAUGAAUCUGUUUCGAACGUCUACGCCUGUCGUGAUAGUACUAAGUAACUACAACAUUAUAGUUCUUAUGCGUUUUCCCUUGGAUAUACCGGUGGUAGGGAGACUUAUCUCACAUGGUCCCGCAACUACAUGUUGAAUUUUUGAUAUUCCGCAACGAGGAGUGGAACUUUAUGCAGCGAUGGCGGGCUUGCUCCCGAAUAGCAUGAGACCUUGGCGAAUGAUCAGGUGGC